GCGGACACAAAAUUAAAAAUAAUAAUUCGGCGCCGCCAUGACCCUGCCGUCCGUCGGUGCGACCAGCCUCUGUCUCCCCUCCCAGACCACCGUCCAGCAGCUGUUCUCCGUGGCCAGGGAUGCCGGUGUGGUUCCAGACAUCUCCCUGGACCCCGUCCUCACCGCCUUCCUGUCCAUGGAGUCGCGUGCGUCCCUGCUGCACCAGUACGCCUCGCUGCAGAGGGGCAUGACGCCGGAGCAGCUGGCCUCCUUCCGCCACAACGUGAGCGGGGAGCUGGGUGGCAGCACCAGGGUCCGCCACGGAGGAGUGGGCGUGGUCGCCCUGGCCCUCUCCGUGCUCUUUGACCUCGUGGCCAAAAAGGUGGGGGACGACUUUAGGGUCCCGAAGCAGCAGGGGGCGACCGGGUGCCUAUUUGGGAUCCGGCGCUCCUCCAGGAUCGGCCGGAUGAUCCACAGCUACCUGCGUCUGAUCCCCGGCGUGGCCAACGACCCUGAGGGCAUGGCCGAGACCACAGAGCUCUACGACAACUGGCUGAAGCUGGAGCUGAUCGACCACUACGAGAGGAUGACCAACAAGAAGAGGAUGGGCUCCGAGGCCAUGAGGCAGUGGCUUGCUGGCGCCGCCGUCCACAUGCACAUGAGGAUCCACCAGGUGAGACUGAAAUCGGUGCCUCUUGGCUCGGCCGAGUCCCUGCGCCUCUCUUACAGGACGGCUUUCGCCCAGCUGGUGCAGGACUACGCAUCCUACCUCCGCCGAAACAUCCGGGAAACCCCGCCUUCAGGCACAUACAAACCCAACGCGGCCCAGCCAGGCGAGCGAACACCGGCGGCUACGACGUUCCAGCGCCUCACCGACCACGGGACCCGGAAGGAACCGAGUGAGACAGAGGGAGCAGGGGUAGCCGUCUGCGUGGGGGCGACGAUGGGUAACGUCAGCCUGGCCUGCCCAAUGAAUGACCUCAACGGGACCGGCCCCGACGGGCAUAACUCAACCACCGCAGCGAACCAAGCGGCAGCUUUUAGCGGAGGAUCCAAUGAGGUUACGGGGCAAACAGGUCCAAAACAGAUGGAUAAUAAUAAUGACGUGGGCCCUGAAAGAGGUGCAGCCAGUGUGUUGAGUGGUGUUGGCGGGGCUGCGCAGCCAACAGCCAGUGACGGUCUGUUAGUCAUUGAAGCCAUGAGGAACGUGAGUCAUGGUGUACGGCAUCGGGCCUGUGAGUCUCCAGUCAUAGAGCAAGCCCUGGCCACCCUCAUUUCAGAGGCGCAGGACCUGGAAGAGAGCAGGGACUUUUUCCUGUACCCCCGGCCACUGCUUGACAAUCUGCUCGGCCAGAGAGCUGACUUUGACUUGAAGAUAAGAUGGCGGAAAACUAUUUGAACUAUUCGCAAAGCUGUUAGGGAGAUUGAGAAGCAUGAGGGUAUUGGGACAGCCUCGGGGGGGUUAACCGCUGUAUUGGGAAUCUAAGUUGAGUGAUUGAGUGUGUUAAGACAAAAUGUGUGAAGGUUAACGUUAAGGUGAGUGAAGGAUAAAACAAAAUGCCACACAUUUUGUCUUAACCUUAAAGAAAUGAUCAACCAAACCAAUUCAAUAUAAAAUAAAGAUGAAGAUGAUGAUCUGA